AUGGCCACUAUUACAUUUGAUGUAGCUAAAGUUGACAUAUGUACGAUAAAACAUACUACAGCUGAAUAUUUAAUUGAAUCAGAUUUAGCUCGAUGGACACUAAAAGAUCAAAAGUUAUCACUUGAAAACUUUCAAAUCAAUCAUCCAUUAGCUGCUGAUCUUAAUGGAGAUCAUCAUCGAAUUGCAAAUGCUUUCGUCGCAUCUGCAUUCAAAGCUUAUUGUGAACACUAUCCAUUUGAAUUAAGUGUUGAAGAUAUUUGGAUUGUUAUUGCACAAGGUAUUAGUAUUCAUCUCAAUGAAAAUGCUGAAAAGUAUCGAGAGUUAAUGGUAUCACAUGAAGGAAAAAAACAUUGA